UGCAGGCGCUUCCGGGUCUCGCCGGAGACCGAAGAUGGCGGCCUCUGCUGGCAGUGGAAGGAGGAAGCUGGAGGAGGAAGGGACGAGGGUCGUGAUGCGCGCGACGGCGUUUCUGCUGCUGCUGCUCCCUCUGAUGGGAGAACUGGCCGCUGGCGGGAAGAUGAAAGUCGUGGAGGAGCCCAACAGCUUCGGGCUCAACAACCCCUUCCUGCCUCCGUCAAACCGCCUCCAGCCCAAAGCGUCCCCUUCGCCUGUGGCAGGGCCGGCACAUCUUUUUAGGCUUGCAGGCAAGUGCUUCAGUUAUGUCGAAUCCAUGUACAAGUAUGAGUUCUGCCCCUUCCAUAAUGUCACCCAGCAUGAGCAGACAUUCCGGUGGAAUGCCUACAGUGGAAUUCUCGGAAUCUGGCAUGAAUGGGAAAUUGAAAACAAUACAUUUGUUGGUAUGUGGAUGAGAGAUGGAGAUUCAUGUGAAACCAGGAACCGACAAACAAAGGUUCUUCUUGUCUGUGGAAAGAACAACAAACUGGCUCACGUGUCUGAACCGAGCACUUGUGUUUAUUCUCUUACGUUUGAAACUCCACUAGUUUGCCACCCACAUUCUCUCUUAGUCUAUCCAGCUUUGCCGGAAACCCUCCGGAGGAAGUGGGAUGAAGUGGAACGGUUGCUUUAUGCCGAGCUAAUCACAAAACAGGGAUACAAGAAACGGUUGAAAGAGAUAUUUGAAGAAGCAGGCUUUUUUAAAUUAACUGGAGAGAAAGUGAGUGAGGGAAAGAAAGCAAAGCCUCAACACCUGGAAUUUGAUUCACUGGAAAAGUGCAAUAAGGAGUACAAAGAACUUUCUAAAGAUCUGAAGAAGCUUACAGAUUUACUUACUCAACAUGGAAUUUCGUAUGAAACAAGCCUGAAUGGAAACAGAGAUGAUAACCGUGCCACUCAGGCGGUUGUGACAGAAAAGCCAGCUCUUACUGUUGUUUCAAAGGCCGAUUGGCACCUGCGUGGAGACACAGGAACAUGGAAUGACUCCCUCUAAGGAAGAAAUCCCCCUGGACAACUUGCUCAGCAUUUGGGGUUUUCACAGCAAUUAGAAUUUAAUCCACAUUGUGUGGUUGUACUUGGGUUAUGGAACCUGUGACCCCUCAGAUGAGGCUGGAGUAUAGCUUCCAUCUUUCAGCAUAGGCCACGCUAACUGGACCUGAAGGGAGCUGGGAUUGAACAAGAAGCAUAUGGAAAGUCACAGGUUUCCUAUCCCUCUUCUGUACCCCACAGGGAAGAGCAGAAACUGUUAAAUAUAGGACAGUCUUUUCAGCAGGCCAGUAUCUAGUAGGAGCCUCUGCUGCCAACUCAGGACUCUCUUUUGGAGUGAAGGCAAGUGAGGGCUACCAAUUGAAGCUGUGGCAGCCUUUUUGAGCUUUGUGUCUUAUUGCUUCGUAACAGAGAAUGCUGCAAGUGAGGGCAGCAGUCUUAUGUACUGUGUGGUGUCUUGGGCCAGAAGAGGAUCCAUCCAAUAAAUUCCAGUCCUUAGAAUUUUAUUUAACAAAAGUGCUAGAGACCACAGUAUGGGUAUAGGUGGAGGGACCCAAUGCGGGAUUUAUCCCAAAGGAACAUUCCAAAUGACCAGUCAGUGUUGCAGGCAUGCACUAUGAAGAAAACUUCAAGCAGAACUUAGCCCCCUAUGCUUAAUUUUACUCCUAUAAUUCAGUAGGCCCCUCCACUGCUUUAUGAUAUAUUUCUGAUUGUUUCUACUAGGCUGCCAAGGCAAGAAACUUAACAUACUUGAUUUCUGCCACCGCUUUCAUUCAUUUCAGCGCGACACUGGGCAUGGAGACUGCUGUUCCAUAGGCCAGAUAUGUUUAUCCACCUUGAAAAGGCUCAAAAUUGCCCAUCUUGCCUUCCUACUAAGAACCGCCUACUUGAUCACAUGAGAUGGCCCACGGCCAGAGCAGAAGUGUCUCCAGCUGCUGUCUUGGCGGUUUGGUUGCCUUAGUAGCCACCAUAAUGCUGUAGGAAUAUCAAAGUACACUACAAUAGAUUUGGGGGGAGGGGUAGAAGAGGAGGGAAAGUCCAAGGCUUGGACUAAACACCCCCAAAGACAACAAACCAACCACUCAGGCUAAUAAUGGUUUAAUUCUGGGUGUUGUUGAGUAUAUGGGAAACAAUAUGCAGGAGGAGGUGGUGCAGCCAUACGUCAGGAUGGGUGCAAAGAUCUGGAGCCAGCCGAGGUUGACAAUGUGGAAAGAGAGCUGCUCAUUUUGGGAGCCACUGAUGGGUGAAGCAGCUCACAGAAA